GUUCUGGAGGAGGAGAUACGUGUAGUCCUGGCUUUAGCUGGCUUAGCAUUAGCAGCGCAUAGCUAGGCGGAGGCGCAACAAGCUCCUUGAACGCCGAAAUAAGUACUCUGUCUUGAUUUUUUUUACCCUUGGAAUUUGCCCGAAUAUUUAAUGGGUGUGUAACCCUGGAGUACCAAUAGAGCCUGACGUAGCCCAAAAAUUAUGGUGAUGGCAUGGUCAUGUGUGCAGCCUGCACUGUGUGUGUGGAGAUGGUUUUAACAGACGCUGUUCUAGAGGACUCAGGAACACUGCACUGGCCUGGAGACGCCUCAAAAACAAACACACGACACACUUUUACACAAAAAGAUUAACGUCGUGAGAAAGGACGCAGACGUGCGGACACGACACGAGCUUCACCGGAAGCAUACACACAUUUCCAAACGCAAUCGGUGUUGUAGCUCCUCUCCUGUGUGAGAGUUUACUUUUUUUUUACUUUUUGUCUGUCUCAUCUUCACCGCCACCAUGUCAAGCACCAUCCGCCGGCAGAUGAAGAACAUGGUUAACAACUACUCUGAAGCAGAGAAGAAAGUCAGAGAGGCCACGUCUAAUGACCCCUGGGGCCCAUCAUCUUCACUCAUGUCUGAGAUCGCAGACCUUACAUACAAUGUGGUGGCCUUCAGUGAAAUCAUGAACAUGAUCUGGAAACGGCUCAAUGACCACGGAAAGAACUGGCGCCACGUCUACAAGGCACUCACCCUGCUCGACUACCUGAUCAAGACGGGCUCAGAGAGAGUGGCGUUGCAGUGCAAAGAGAACAUCUUCGCCAUCCAGACUCUGAAGGACUUCCAGUACAUUGACAGAGACGGCAAAGACCAGGGCAUCAAUGUCAGGGAGAAGAGCAAGCAGCUAGUGGUCCUACUCAAAGACGAGGACCGCCUUAAAGGAGAGAGGUCUCAGGCUCUGAAGACCAAAGAGCGUAUGGCCCAGGUGUCCACAGGCAGCAGUCAAAUGGGUUUUGGUCGAGGCUCGUCCCAACCCAACCUUUCCACUUCCUAUAGUGAAGAGUAUGGCCGAUCAGAGGGCUCACCUGCUUCCUACCAUGGCUCCACGUCCCCCAAUACGGGUUCGGAGCUGGAGCAGGCCAGACCUCAGACCAGUGGAGAGGAGGAGCUACAGCUGCAACUUGCGCUCGCCAUGAGCAGAGAAGCCGCUGAGCAGGAAGAGCGCAUACGCAGAGGGGACGAUCUGAGACUACAGAUGGCCUUGGAGGAGAGCAAGAAAGAAGGUCCUGGCUCAGCAAAACUGGCCAAGAAGAAGAAAGAGCCACAGUCAUCUUUGAUGGAUCUAAUGGAUGUUCCAGAGCCUGGUGCCAGUGCUGACCCAUGGGGCACUGGGGCUGGAGCCGGUGCUGUGGCUGGGGCUGUGGCUGGGGCUGGGGCUGGGGCUGGAGCUGGAGCUGGAGCUGGAGCUGCUGCUGCAUCGGCAGACCCAUGGCAGCCUUAUGGAUCUGCCCCUAAGCCAGCAGCCCCAGUGGACCCAUGGGGUGCACCUCCUUCUGUCCCACCCAUGAAGAGCAGCGAUCCCUGGGCACCAAACUCCACUCCUGCCUCUGACCCGUGGGGCUCUGCAGCUGCCCGCUCCAAGACUUCCAACACAGGUAACUUUGACCUGUUCAGUGCGUCCAAUGGUACGUCCAAAGAAGACUUCUCAGAGUUUGACAGCCUGCGUUCUUCCUCCUCUGUCCCCACUGGUGAUGGGGGCAUAGCAUCCUCUCUCCCCUCCCAAGUCAGUCUGGCUAGCAGUGGCAGUCUGGACCUGUUCGACCCCCUGCCCACCUCAGCAUCUACUUCUGUCACCACCAACCCAACCAGAAAGACUCCAGAGUCCUUCUUGGGUCCCAAUGCGGCCCUGGUCAAUCUGGACUCUUUGGUGACCAAACCAGCUCAGCCUGCACCAGUCGUCAACCCGUUUUUGGCUUCAACAGGUGGCUCUGCUCCAGCUCCAGCACCCCAUGCCAACCCCUUCCAAGUGAGCCAGCCAGCUCCCCCCACCCUCAACCAGAUGCGCGUCAGCCCGAUGCCCUCUGGCUUUGGCGGUAUGGCAGAGCCCAUAUCCCUCCCCACCAUGCCCGCUCAGCCCAUCACCAUGGUCCCCCUGGCAGGUAUGGCCCCCAUGGGCCAUGUUGUGCCCGGAAUGGGGGUCGGUGCUGUGGGAGGGAUGGGGACGAGCACAGGGAUGAGCGCGGGAAUCCCAGCCUCCAUGUCCAUGCCCCAGCCACUGAUGAGCAUGCCCCCCCAUGCUGGAACACAGCCUGCCGGAACCACCAACCCCUUCCUUUUGUGAGGGGUUGACUGGGGGACAACUUGGCCCAGAGUAACCCCUCAUCUGUCUGCAACUUCAGCUCCUUAAGAGGCUUCAAAAUGAACAAGGAGAUGUCUUAUCCCAUUUAUUCAUUUAUAACCAACUCCUAGCCGGGUCACAGCCUGGCCUCCUCCAACCUUACCACACUCCCUUCCUCCUCUCUUUCUUCCUCUUUCUUUCUAUGCUAAAAGCUGCCUAGUCCUGUGUGUUCCAUACUGAUAUGAUGACGAUGUUGAUGACCACAAAGAGUUUGCUUCUGUCUACAGACUUUAAAGAGUAGCAGUGGUGUUUACAGUUUUUCCACCGAGGCAGGACAGUUUCUCCUCCCUGUCCUCCUCUCAUUCACUCGCCUCUUCUUCCGUACUUCUUCCCUUAGGACUGCUCUUUUCCUCUUCUGUGGUGGAGUGACAGGAGAGUUUGACUGUACUAAUGCCAGGAUCUUAUCUCUUCACUAGAGCUAAUCUUUUAUAAGCCCUGUCAGCUUGUGUGCGUGUGUGAGAGAGUGCACAUCUCAGUACUUUUACACUGUGUAUACUCCAGUGAGUUUUACUUACACACACUGGAGUAAGGAUGAGAGAUGGUCAGAUGUGUUUAUACUCUGUGUAUGCGUGUGUUACAAAGCAGGAAUUUUGCACAAUUUUUGGCUUUUUUUUUGGUUUUCUUUCUGCGACUGUUGGGCUCACCGUUACACCUUAGCUUAGGGAGGAAGUCGAGCCGCUAAAACGACCGAGACGACACACACUGCCUCGGCUCUUGGUACCACUCAGUCACAACUCUCGUCUGGUCACUUCCCCUCACCUUGGACCUUUUUCUCUGACCCUCCACAUGAACUUUGACCUCAGCGGGUCACUGGAUUAACAAUGAACGCUUCUCAGAGGAGAUAAACCCUCUUUUUAACCCCUAAAGGUGGACAUGAUGAGUGAACAGUUGUUUUUGUUUGUGUGUGCGUGCACAUAUGCAGGUGUACUGUUACUGCUCGGAUACUAACGGCUACAUGUUGAUACAUUUACCACUGAGUUUCGCCCAGUGUGUGUUCAGAGGAAAAGACACAAACUGUGAUGGCAUCAGUAUUUUGCUAUCUGAACACAUGGAUGCAGCGAGGCAUCUUGGGACAGUUGUUUUCCUUUUAAGUUUGCUACUAGGGUCAAAGGGAUGAGGGAGGGUUGUGUGUGCGUGUGUGUGAAGUUUGUGUGUGAGAUAUGUUUAGCUUCCAAGUGUACUUUAAUGAGCUUUUUUUUUUUUUUUUUUCCAUUUCUCACUCGGUUAAGAGGAACUCUACUCACAUUUAGCUCAAGUUAGUUUCUGAAGUGCAACUCAAAACAAGGGGUAAUUUAGGCAUCAUCAGCCUUAAGUGUGUGUGAGUGUGCGCAUGUGUGUACGAAUGUGCAGCCAUUUAUCGAGGAAUGUUACUAUGGUGACAAGGUUGCAAAGAAAGCUCCGGGUUUUAAAGGGCAUGUCAGCCACUCAGUGUUGUGAAGAGUUUACCUCCGACUGGAUUUGCUCUGGCUAAUCUAUUUACAAGAACAUUACAGCGUGGACACACACUCACACACACACUCUCGAACGGGGCUUUUCCAAGAUCAGACUAUUGACAGCACAGGGAAUCCCACAGCAAACAGCAGCGAGUUAUCUCUUGUAAACAAGCAGUUGUUCAUUUUGUUGGUUACUUUUUGUUAUUUACUCGUUAGAUGUAAAUCCAUAGCCAAGCCUUUUCUGAGUUUUGGAGCCAUGUACUAGCUAAGCCAUGUGUCAUCUUUAGUCUCUCUUUUGUCUAUUUUCUGUCAUUCUAGUUUUUCACCCUAUGGGUAGGCGAUGUAAUUCUCUUCUCUUAGAAGCACAACUGUUACCAAAGUCAUAGCGACUGUGAUUUCUGAGGAUGCCGUACUUUGAACAGUAGGGUCACACUUCACUGACAUUUUUCUUUUUGGUUUAUGGAUGCUCACAGUGUCGUAGACUCCAUCGUCAAAUUGUUUUAUAUUUCAGAAAUAUUUUACAUUUUUUGCAGUUUGUGUAAGAAAGUGUUACUGUUGGCUGAAUAUCAGCGCAUUUACUAACAGCAAGAUGAGCAUCUCUCUCUUCUAUUGGUUGAUGCAAAACGGCUAAAGAUGAGCUGCACCUGGUGUAUAGACCCCUUUUCUCUACACUGUAGUCUCCUCAGCUCUGUCAGCAUACCUGCCUGUGUUGUUACUGUGGAAGGCUUUUUUUUAUUCCUUUUAUGGUGUGGGUUGGCGCCCCCUCAUGGUCUGCUGUGGUAUGAUAGCUACACCACAGGACCGUGGAUGUUUCCACUUAAUGCAGACCAUUUCUCAGGCAAAAGGAGGGGCAUCUCCAACUGUGUGUAUGAAUUUGAUAUUAAUGCUGACGGUGGUGGUGUUUUUUUUGUUUUUUUUUAAUGCUUGGGGUCUAGAAUGAAUGGAUUAUUACACUUACUUGCAGACCAGCAAAUAUUUUUAAUCUCAACUAAAUAUAUGCAAAAAUUGGAGUUGGAAAAGUGAAAAAGACAAGAAGACAUAACGCUUUACGUGUUUUGCAAAGUUAGAUUUGCUAAUAGUCUUGUUUGUUAAAAAGCUACUAUGAUAUUCUAGCUAAGACGUGUCACUUUCUCACAGGCCUGUAUUUCACUGCGGCCUGACCUUAAACUCUACUCCAGCGAUUGUGGGAAAAGUUUGUUAUUAAUGCAUUUACAAAAAAAAAAAAAAAGCCUUUACUGUUUUUGAACAAUUUGAGCACUCCCAAACAGUCAGAGGACACUGCAGUUGAACACUUUUUCUUGAUCCCUGGCAGCAGUUUCACAGUCGUGGCUAUGGUGCAGUGAAAAUGUGGCCUGUGUGUAGCGAGCUCCUCCGUGUUUAUGUAUUCACUAUGCUUUUAUCAAGAGGACUAACUGACCUUAUGGGCUGUCUGUCUUUAUAUGCAUAAACAGCCUCCCUGAUUCUUUUUCAUGUCUGUCUAGUUACCCUUCUCAUAGUACUGGGAGCAGGCUGGUUUUUUUUUUAUUGGAUACGUGCUCAACCCGUUGGCAUUAUAACUGUAUAAUAUAAUUUAUCAUUUGUACUAUUGUAACAUACUGUUCUUCUGUAUACCUUAUUAUUCUGUGUAAUGGGUUUUUGUAGGAAAAGUCAUUGUGGUAUUUUAACGGCAUCUAAACAAACGAACGCAGCAGGCCGCACCCUGUUGGAUGAGGACAACUGUAGCUGCAUCGGUUCAAAAUAAAAUGUGUAUCACUUCAGCUCUGUAA